GGGCCGGGCUGGGCCAGCCCGGGCGGGGCGCGGGGCUGCACCGGGCGGCGAUGGCGGCGGACGGGGACUGGCAGGAUUUCUAUGAGUUCCAGGAGCCGGCCCGGAGCCUCCAGGACCAGGAAAACUGUAACGCGAGCCCCGAGGCCGGGGCCGGGGCCGGGGCGGGCGGGGGCGGCGACGGCUUCCCGGCGCUGGCCUGCAGCCUGGAGGAGAAGCUGAGCCUCUGUUUCCGCCCCCCGGGUCCAGGCGCCGAGCCCCCGCGGGCGGCCGUGCGGCCCAUCACCGAGCGCAGCCUCCUGCAGGGGGACGAGAUUUGGAAUGCCCUGACAGAUAAUUAUGGAAAUGUGAUGCCUGUAGACUGGAAGUCAUCGCAUACUAGGACCUUGCAUUUGCUUACUCUGAACCUCUCAGAAAAAGGGGUAAGCGACAGUUUGCUCUUUGAUACCUCAGAUGACGAGGAGCUGAGAGAACAGCUGGAUAUGCAUUCGAUCAUCGUCUCCUGUGUUCACGAUGAACCCCUCUUCACCGCGGAUCAGGUUAUUGAAGAAAUUGAAGAAAUGAUGCAGGAAUCACCGGACCCAGAAGAUGAUGAAACUCCCACACAGUCAGAUCGGCUUUCAAUGCUUUCCCAGGAGAUUCAAACUCUGAAGAGGUCCAGCACAAGCAGUUAUGAAGAGAGAGUAAAAAGGCUCUCAGUAUCUGAAUUAAAUGAACUCUUAGAAGAAAUUGAGACGGCCAUUAAGGAGUACUCCGAGGAGCUGGUGCAGCAGUUGGCCCUGCGAGAUGAACUGGAGUUUGAAAAGGAAGUGAAAAACAGCUUUAUUUCUGUUCUUAUUGAAGUGCAGAACAAACAGAAAGAACACAAAGAAACAGCCAAAAAGAAAAAGAAACUCAAAAAUGGUGGCUCUCAGAAUGGGAAGAACGAGAGAAGUCAUAUGCCUGGCACACGCUUCAGCAUGGAAGGGAUCUCAAAUGUCAUUCAGAAUGGCCUCCGCCACACCUUUGGAAAUUCAGGUGGAGAGAAACAGUAUUUGACAACAGUCAUUCCUUAUGAGAAAAAAAAUGGACCACCAUCUGUUGAAGAUCUUCAAAUAUUAACAAAAAUUCUUCGUGCCAUGAAGGAGGACAGUGAAAAAGUUCCGAGCUUAUUAACUGAUUAUAUACUGAAAGUUCUGUGUCCUACAUAGAACAGCAGCAUUACUCCAAGGAGCAGCUUUAUCUUCUGUGGACUGCAAGCUAGAUUUCCUGUAGCAUUAUUCUGAAAGCUGGCAACCAUCACCUUCUUGCUAUUGGAAACUCAGCACACUUGAACUUGGGUUUGUGUUUCAGUAUUAACAGAUCAUGACUUCACUACUUCUUUAUAUUAUAGAACCGAGAGAAAUAGGAGCACUGUUUCUUAUCCUAGAGAUGGUUUUUGUUCAAUCUGCUACUAAUAAUGAACUGUUCUCUUAGUAGAGUAAGGGAGAAUAAUAUUAAUUGUGCAUGUAACAGUUACAUUUUUCAUUAACUGACAGUACGCCCAUUUGAGUUUUUAUGGCUUUCUACGUCUAAACUGCACUGAAGAACUAGAUUAAAGCAUUGGGAGAUUUAUACUGUAAAUUGAGUGAUGGUAAGAACCAGCACUGAUUUUUAUGAGAGUUGUCAGUAUAAAUAUUACCUACUAGUAUUGUCCAGAGAGACUGAAUCUUAACAAACUUGGGCUGUUCUUGAAGAAGCAAAACCAGAAUAUGCAUUACUUUGGCUUAAUACUGUGCAUCGAAACUGUCCAAGAUCACUGAUUUUAUAGCUUGCUGCUUUUUUACCAUUGUUCAAAUUUUAACCAUUAAGUUGUUAUUCAGUUUCAGAAUCUUAUUUAACUGUAGAUGUUUAAAUGUUGUUUCCUGUGUCUGUGAAGUGUACUUUAAAAGGAGUUUGUAUCCUUUAAGGUGCUUAAGAAACUGUGCUGCAGCACUGCCCACUUCCCAUCACUGUUUUGUUUUAUUCAUGCCUGUGCACUUUCCUAAAGUACUAAUUUUAGAAACAGCUACUCAUCGAUGUAUCAUUGGUCAUGAGCAUGUUUGCCAGUUCCAGUCAAUGGCAUUUAAUAAAUUAAAAAGAAAAAGCAAUGUAUGCUU